GUAUAUAUAUCACACACACGUAUUUCAUUCACUCUUUACAACCCUGGAAAAUAAGGCCGAUUCUACCCAUUUUGCAGAGGAGGGAACCAAGGCUCAGAGAGGGGCAAUGAUUUGCCCAAGAUCACUGAGGUAGUAUGAAGCAGGGCUGAGAUUCUAAUCCAGUACGGGCGGUUCCCAGGGCUGAGCUACGAAUCAAUUAAACUGACCAAUCUAAAAUCACUGAAUCAGUAUUCAUUAGCGGCCUACUGCGCGCAGCUCCUCUUCACGCAGUGGAGGCAGCCGCGGCGUCUCAGAAGCGCGGUGGAUCGCGGAAAUUUGGCGCCAAUUUUUCGUUGGUCGAGUGUUCCUGAGUGUUCUCGCCCGUGAUUGGGCCCCGGCUGCGGCUGCUCCGUCGACCCCGGCAGGACCCUGGCUGUGCGGCGCUCGGCCGGCCUCCUGGGGGAUGGGCCACCAGGAGUCCCCGCCAGCCCGAGCGCCGGCGAGAGGUGCGACUUAUAUAAAGGGGUUAUGUAAAAGGCUCAGCUGGCGCGAACACGUGGAGAGCCGCGGGAGCCUGGACGCCCGGUUCUUCCCCGCGAGCGCCGCUGCCACCACCGCUGGAGCAACAAGAUCCGUCCCACACCCAGCCCUGGCCACCGCAUCUCGCUCAGCUCAGUCCCGGAGGCGGCCCCGGCCGGGAACAGACCAUCCCCAGACAAGGACUCCAGGGGGUAAACGGGCCGCCCGGAAGUGGAGGGGCGCCGGCCAGGUCGCAAUCCAAGGUCUCGCUCCUCCGCGUCCCGGGGCAGGACGGAGGGAUGAGGCAGGGGGGGCCCGGGCAGCGCCGUUGCUGCUCCCCCCGCCGCCCGCAGCCAUGGAAACGGGGGAGGAGGACGGCGCCCGCAGAGGUACACAAAGCCCCGAGCGGAAAAGGCGAAGCCCAGUGCCGCGGGCGCCCAGCGCGAAGCUGAGGCCGGCGGCGGCGGCCCAGGUCAUGGAUCCGGCGGCGGUCGAGGCCCCGGGCGAGGCCUACUUGGCGCGGCGGCGGCCGGAGGGUGGCGGCGGGUCGGCGCGACCGCGCUACAGCCUUUUGGCGGAGAUCGGGCGCGGCAGCUACGGCGUGGUUUACGAGGCGGUGGCCGGGCGCAGUGGGGCCCGGGUGGCGGUCAAGAAGAUCCGCUGCGACGCCCCCGAGAACGUGGAGCUGGCGCUGGCCGAAUUCUGGGCCCUGACCAGCCUCAAGCGGCGCCACCAGAACGUCGUGCAGUUUGAGGAGUGUGUCCUGCAGCGCAACGGGUUAGCCCAGCGUAUGAGCCACGGCAACAAGAACUCGCAGCUUUACCUGCGCCUGGUGGAGACUUCCCUUAAAGGGGAAAGGAUCCUGGGUUAUGCUGAGGAGCCCUGCUAUCUCUGGUUUGUCAUGGAGUUCUGUGAAGGUGGAGACCUGAAUCAGUAUGUCCUAUCUCGGAGGCCAGACCCAGCCACUAACAAAAGCUUCAUGCUACAGCUCACGAGCGCCAUAGCCUUCUUGCACAAAAACCACAUCGUGCACAGGGACCUAAAGCCAGACAACAUCCUCAUCACAGAGCGAUCUGGCACCCCUAUCCUCAAGGUGGCAGACUUUGGACUAAGCAAGGUCUGUGCUGGGCUAGCCCCACGAGGCAAAGAGGGCAAUCAAGACAACAAAAAUGUGAAUGUGAAUAAGUACUGGCUGUCCUCAGCCUGCGGCUCAGACUUUUACAUGGCCCCUGAAGUCUGGGAAGGACACUACACAGCCAAGGCCGACAUCUUUGCCCUAGGCAUUAUCAUCUGGGCAAUGAUAGAAAGAAUCACUUUCAUUGACUCUGAGACCAAGAAGGAGCUCCUGGGGACGUACAUCAAACAGGGGACCGAAAUUGUCCCGGUUGGUGAGGCGCUGCUAGAAAACCCAAAGAUGGAGUUGCACAUCCCCCAGAAACGCAGGACUUCCAUGUCUGAGGGGAUCAAGCAGCUCUUGAAAGAUAUGUUAGCUGCUAACCCACAGGACCGGCCUGAUGCCUUUGAACUUGAAACCAGAAUGGACCAGGUCACAUGUGCUGCUUAAAAUUCAGGGCAAAGCAUCUUGGGUGUUUUUAAACUAGCUGGAAGUAAGCCAAAGCCUGGAAGAUGAGGUGAUGGGGGAUAACGCUGAUCCCAGUGGCCACAAAGAAGGAGCCUCAGGAGCUCAUCAGGAACAGGACCUUCUGUCACCUAGGUGGCCUUUUCUUUCAUCACCCUCAAAUUUCUAGUUGGAGUUGGUUAAUAAAGUUGAGCUGGGUUACAUCUGUCAUGUUCUUAACUUGUUUAUGAACUGAGUCACUAGGUUUAAUUCUUCCAUUCUGUAAACAUUUAUUGAGUACCUUCCAUGUGCCGGGCCAACUUGUCCUACUACCCAGAGAGUGAGAGAAUACCGUACCCCAAAGAUCUGGGGUAGUAUCAUGUUACAAACCAAAAAGGGCAGGCUCAACAGUGUUCUAAUUGUAUUUUAUGCCAUCACUUCCCAUUUCCAUCUCAUCUUCUCCACUUUUGAAAGACCUAGAAUUUGAGUUUGCCCUAGAGUAGGAAGAAGGUUGUCAUUUGAAGAAGAGCCUGAAUUUGGGUUAAGAUUAUGGGGUUGUCAUAACUAAAUGAGAUCAGGGCUCCCGUUUGGACCUCUACACUGGUAUUCGUGCUAUUUUACAGGGUAAAGUUCUAGCUAAAUAGGAGUGGUUCCUUUAUCUAGGAGAAAUGGGGUGACCUUGAGAAGAGAGGAGAAAAGAUUAGGAACUUGGUUACUGGUAAGUGUCUCAGGCUGUGGUUAAUUCAUUUUGUGGCUCUGACAGCUAAUCACUACAGUACCUGGUCAGUUGGUGCCUAUUUAGCCUAUCCAGCCCUGUCCUGUCUGGGCAUCUAGAAUUGUGGGCCUCUGCCCAGGUCUGUAUGACAGGGAGCCACACCUUGUGGUGUCAAAAGCUUGAAACCAGUUCUGGUGUAAAUGAACUGUAUCUGGCACUUUGGGAGGGAUCAUUGACCAAUCCUGCCACUCCCACCAAACUUUUUAGAUGGAGAAACUAAUUCCAUUUAUUCAUUCAUCGCAUUUAUUGGGAAACUAUUGGCCAGAUACUGUUUUAGGCACAGAAGAUACUACACAUUAGCAAACAGAAUAGACAAAAAUACUUGCCCCUUGUAGAACUUCUUCUGGAGAGACAGUUAACAUAAGUAAAUUAUUUUAGCAUACUAGAGAGUAAUAAGUGCUAUGGGGGGGAAAAGUAGGGUAGGGUAAAGGAGAUCAGAAUGCUGGAAGGUGGGUGAUGGAGGUAUUUUACUUCUAAAUAGGAGAGAUCAGGGCGGGUCUCCUUGAGAUGGUGACAUUUUAGCCAAGGUUAGGAGCUUGAGGGAGUGAGUCAUGAGGGUUUCCCAGGCAAGGAACAGCCAGUAUAUUGGCCUAGAGGCUGGAGCAGAGUGAACAAAGAAGAGAGUAGGAAAAGAAGCUAGAGAAGUAACUAGGAGUCAGUUAGGUAAAGGAGUUUAGCUUUUAUUCUUGGGUGAAAUGGGAAGCCAUUGUUUUUAGCUGUGUGAUACCUGAUCUUUUGAAAGGAUAACCUUGACUGCUGUGCUAAGAAUAAACUGUAGGGGGUAAGGGUGGAAGUGAGGGGAUGAAAUGGGAGGCUACUGUAAUAAUCCAGAUGAGAUCAUGGUGGCUUGAGAGGGGAGGUGUUGACUGGAUUUGGGUGUGUUUUGAAGUCGGCCAACAGGACUUCCAACUGGAUUGGAUGUGUGUGGUAAGAGAGAAAGGAGUCAAGGAUGACUCCAAGGUUUCAGCCUAAGAGUUGCCAUCAAAUGAGAUGGGGAGACAUUGAAGGGGAAUAAGUUUGGCAGGAGAAAGUUAGGUUUUAAUCAUCUGAAAGUUUGCGAUGCCAGUUUAGAAUCCAAGUACAGAUGUAGAGUAGGCAGUUGGCUGAGUCUGGAGUUCAGGGGAGAGGUAGGGCGUAGAGCUUUGCAUGUAUGUAGUAAACACACUUGUACCAGCAUGGUAAAGAAAUAACUCAAUAAUCUAGGAUUGUGGAUUUCAGAGUAAGGUUUAAGUCAGGGCUAAAUGAUUUUGUUUUGUAAAAG